GGUGGGCGGGCGCGCCGGGCGGCAGGUGUCGGCGGCGUCGGCAUUCGGCGGCGAUGGAGCGGCCCCGGGGAGCUGCGGACGGCCUCUCGCGCUGGCCCCACGGCCUCGGCCUCCACCUCCUCCUCCUCCUGCAGCUGCUGCCGCCGGCGACCCUCGGCCAGGACCGUCUGGACGCGCCGCCGCCGCCCGCUGCGCCGCUGUCGCGCUGGUCCGGCCCCGUCGGGGUGAGCUGGGGGCUGCGCGCGGCCGCGCCCGGGGGCCCGGUUCCCCGCGGCGGCCGUUGGCGCCGCAGCGCGCUCGACGAGGACGAGGACUGCGGCCGGGUCCGGGACUUCGUCGCCAAGCUGGCCAACAACACGCACCAGCAUGUGUUUGAUGAUCUCAGUGUCUCAGUAUCCUUGUCCUGGGUUGGAGAUGGCACUGGGAUCAUUCUAGUCUUGACUACCUUCCAUGUACCACUGGUAAUUAUGACUUUUGGACAGUCCAAGCUAUAUCGAAGUGAGGACUAUGGAAAGAACUUUAAGGAUAUUACAAAUCUCAUCAAUAACACCUUCAUUCGGACUGAGUUUGGCAUGGCUAUUGGUCCUGAGAAUUCUGGAAAGGUGAUUUUAACAGCAGAGGUGUCUGGAGGAAGUCACGGAGGAAGAAUCUUUCGAUCAUCAGAUUUUGCAAAGAACUUUGUUCAGACCAAUCUCCCUUUUCACCCUCUGACUCAGAUGAUGUAUAGCCCUCAGAAUUCUGAUUACCUGUUAGCCCUCAGCACUGAAAAUGGCCUGUGGGUGUCCAAGGAUUUUGGGGGAAAAUGGGAAGAAAUCCACAAAGCAGUGUGUUUGGCCAAAUGGGGGUCAGAAAACACCAUCUUCUUUACCACCUAUGCAAACGGCUCUUGCAAAGCUGACCUUGGGGCACUGGAAUUACGGAGAACUUCAGACUUGGGGAAGAGCUUCAAAACCAUCGGUGUGAAAAUCUACUCCUUUGGUCUUGGGGGACGUUUCCUUUUUGCCUCUGUGAUGGCUGAUAAGGAUACAACAAGAAGGAUUCAUGUAUCAACAGAUCAAGGGGACACGUGGAGCAUGGCCCAGCUACCUUCUGUGGGGCAGGAACAGUUCUAUUCUAUUCUAGCAGCUAAUGAUGACAUGGUGUUCAUGCAUGUAGAUGAACCUGGAGAUACCGGAUUUGGCACAAUCUUUACCUCAGAUGAUCGAGGCAUUGUCUAUUCCAAGUCCUUGGACCGACAUCUCUACACCACCACAGGUGGCGAGACGGACUUUACCAAUGUGACCUCCCUCCGCGGGGUCUACAUAACAAGUGUGCUCUCAGAAGAUAACUCUAUCCAGACUAUGAUCACUUUUGACCAAGGAGGAAGGUGGAAGCACCUGAGGAAGCCUGAAAACAGUGAAUGUGAUGCUACAGCCAAAAACAAGAAUGAGUGCAGCCUUCAUAUUCACGCUUCCUACAGCAUCUCCCAGAAACUAAACGUUCCAAUGGCCCCACUGUCAGAGCCUAAGGCCGUCGGCAUAGUCAUUGCCCAUGGUAGUGUAGGGGAUGCCAUUUCAGUGAUGAUCCCGGAUGUGUACAUCUCAGAUGAUGGGGGUUACUCCUGGACGAAGAUGCUCGAAGGACCCCACUAUUAUACCAUCCUGGAUUCUGGAGGCAUCAUUGUGGCCAUUGAGCACAGCAGCCAUCCUAUCAGUGUGAUUAAGUUCUCCACAGAUGAAGGUCAGUGCUGGCAAACCUACAUGUUCACCAAGGAGCCCAUCUACUUUACCGGUCUAGCUUCAGAACCUGGAGCUCGGUCCAUGAAUAUCAGCAUAUGGGGGUUCACAGAAUCUUUCCUGACCCGCCAGUGGGUCUCCUAUACCAUUGACUUUAAAGAUGUCCUUGAAAGGAACUGUGAGGAGAAGGACUAUACCGUAUGGCUGGCUCACUCUGCCGACCCUGGAGACUACGGAGACGGCUGCAUCUUAGGCUACAAAGAACAGUACCUGCGGCUCCGCAAGUCGUCUGUCUGCCAGAAUGGUCGGGACUAUGUUGUGACCAAGCAGCCGUCCGUCUGCCCCUGCUCCCUGGAGGACUUCCUCUGUGAUUUUGGCUACUUCCGUCCAGAAAAUGACUCCAAAUGUGUGGAGCAGCCAGAACUGAAGGGCCACGACCUGGAGUUUUGUCUGUAUGGCAGAGAGGAGCACCUGACAACAAACGGGUACCGGAAAAUUCCAGGAGACAGAUGCCAAGGUGGAGUGAAUCCAGUUCGAGAAGUAAAAGACUUGAAAAAGAAAUGUACAAGUAACUUUUUGAGUCCUGAAAAGCAGAAUUCCAAGUCCAAUUCUGUUCCAAUCAUCCUGGCCACCGUGGGACUGAUGCUGGUCACCGUUGUAGCAGGGGUGCUCCUCGUGAAGAAAUACGUGUGUGGGGGAAGGUUCCUGGUGCAUCGAUACUCUGUGCUUCAGCAACAUGCUGAGGCCAAUGGUGUGGAUGGCGUGGACGCUCUGGACACAGCCCCCCACACUAACAAGAGCGGCUAUCACGACGACUCAGAUGAGGACCUCCUGGAAUAGCUCCUCCAAGGAGCUGGGACCGAGGACAGAUGAUGGAACCGCAGUACCUCUCACACUCCCUGUGGCUCCGAAUGGGGGGAAUAAAUUUCCCAUUGCGAGGGACCCAGCUCUGUUUCUGCUGCUUCCACCAAAGCCAAAAGGACCUUCACUAAAGAAAUGCAGGGCAGGGGGGAGGGACCCUAAACACUCUCAUAAUUGGCCCUGAGAAGGGGGGGGAAAUUUUUAAUUCUUUAACUUUUUAUUUCAAAUUCUUUUUGCAAAGUAUGGGUUCUUUUGGUUUUGUUUUUGUUUUUUAAGGGAAACUUUCGAAAUGGAAUCAGAAGGGAACAUUUCACUAACCCCACUCUCGCAUGUUUUGCAUGGCGCCUGCUUCAGGGCUCCUGCCAACCCCAGCAUCAAUGUUCACAACGCACCCGGUGCUGUCCCUGGGCUCUGCCGGCGACACAAAGCAGCUGCGGAGAGGGACUUGGAGGCUGCAAUGACUGGCACGGCCCGGGCAGCCUUUCCCCGGCCAGGGACAGCCCUGCCCCAAGAACACUGCACACCAGCUCCUCACACACACCCUGCCUUUUCUUUCUUUCUUUUCUGGGGACCGUAGACCACAGUGGUGUUUCUUUUCCCCUUUUAAUCGGGGAGUAUACCCUUGUCAGUUGCCCUUUGACAACUGACUUAACCAUGUGCUUCUAAGACACUAAAUCAGGAAAACUUAAAGGGCAAUAUUUUUAACUUGGGGCAGGAAGAAGGGAGCAGCAGAGAAUUGACUAGAUUUAGCACCUAUUAAAGGACAAAUUCUUGCUUCUUCCAAGAGCUUUCCAACCGUGCUUCAUGUUUGUGCCAGUGGAUUUGCUCAAGGACAGGGUUAGGGCUUGCCCCGGAUGUCUGCCCAGGCCAAGUGACCUCUUUGCUAGAGCCGAGGGAGGGCACCCGGUGUGGCCCCUACGGACUGAACAUCACACAGUCUUCCAUGUUCUCUGCCACCUGUUGGCACGGCGGUGAAUCAUCAGGAUGGCCGUUUACUUGCGUGCCUCCUGUUGGAUUGCUGUCGUAUAUGGAGCCAGGACUAAACACAUUUUCAGAUUUAUAGGCUCUUUUUUUGAAAAUCAGGACUUUAUUACGAGGCUCUCCUCCUCACCCAUUUUUCCCAGCUUUGCCAAGGAAUUUGUUGCCGUGAAACUUUUGGCCAAACCAACUGAAGACACACUUCCAGUGUAGGUGAUGUUUUAUGUGAUACAUUAGGUUCGUAUUUUAAAUUUAAGGAAAUUUUCCAUUUGACACUUUUCAAAUUAAGUUCACGGUAGAAUGUAGUGAGGUGGAUUUGAAGAUGGCCAUAUAGUAGCGGCGAGCUGCAGUAGUUAGUUUUCAUAUGGCUUGGAUGUUUGCUCGCCAGGAAUAUAGCAUGGUACAAGCUUGGUCUUAGCAUCCCUACUGUGCUGGCCACAGUUUCACCCAGUAAUUAUGAUUGGGACAUUCUUUGGUAACUGCCAUUUUGCUGCUCGUUCAUUUUAUGGCUCUAAAGUCACAAAAAAGUAAAUGUGCCAAAUUAACUUUUGUCAGAAUGAGUGAGCAGAUGGCCGUGUUCUCUCCUCCCCAGAAUGGAUUAACAGCAGCAGGGAAAGUGGGAGAGGGGGUGGAUGGAGAAGGUUAGAGACUGUGAAGCUGCAGGAAAAUUAAAUGAGUCAGGGAGCCCUAGUUAGAAAAUAAAGUUAGGGCAGUUUUUGUGAAGAGGAUUCAUAUUUGCUUGAGCUAGAGAGCACUGGUCUUUUAGGAAAAGCUCAUUCAUUUGACCAGCUCACAAAUGAUGAAGUGUCAGCCUUUGUCCCAGACACCCUCACCUCCUGUCCAAAGUGAAUUUGAUGCCCAGAAAAGACCCACUUCUGCACACCUUUUCCCCACGGCAUAUACGUGUUACCCGUUGGAGUACCUGUGCCAGUAUGCAGUAUUUCUCUGAUUCAUUUUAGGAUGGUAGGAAAGUUAGUAUUCUGUAACCAAGUAUGGUUAAAGCUCUUUGCUUGUGAUGGUAUCUGGGAUUUCUGUAAAACCUGGCAGCUUUCAGAGGACUUCAUUCGCAGUAUGUCAUUUGAACCUUACCACAUCCUCAGUGAGAUUCUUCCUUUGAAGGCAGGGGUUUGUAAUACGCAUUUUUAGGGGAUGGAGCGGAGGUACAAAAAGUGAGUAAAUUGUCCAGGGUCCCUGUGUGUGAUGAGCAGUGCCGGUUGGCCAUUGGCCAUCUUCAGGGCUCGCUACCUUGUUAUGCGUGCAGGUGCUGGAUACCUGGAGCGGGAAGGGCUUCUUUCUUCUGGAUGACUUGCUGUUCUUUAGGAGAAGGGUCAGUGGCAUUUCUGUCAGAGCAGCGUGUGAAGCCUUUUUGUCACCUUGGUAAACAGCAAGUCUCAUUCUCCUGUUUUUCACGUCUGAAAACACAAAUGAAUGGUGAUUUUGAAUAUGUGUUUAGAAACUGCCCCUCACCUCGUUGCGGGCGUGGGAUCUCCCUUGAUGAGCCACCCCUCUCCAUUCUCCUUGUUUGCUUGGCCCUGGCCAGCUAGCUAGCUAGUUCCCGUUGGUUGGAGGACUGCCAACAAGCCUGGCUCAUUCUCUUCAUUGGCUAGUUAGCUUUCCAUAUCAGCCUGCUUACUCAGAAAUGUAUGCCCUCAGCCAGAAAGCAUAACAGCCUAAAUCCAUGAUAGCUUAUGAGGGAAGACAAGUUCUAAUUUGUUCUACUGAUGUUAGGUUAGGAGCAUUAUCUUUGCGUAAAGUAUAGCUUACCAUUGUGUAAUAAAAUCCCAGGCUUGAUGGUAGCAGGAGAGAUUAUUGCUGGAGGUUUCAGUGAUAGAAUUUAGCAUUGUAAGAUAAGUUGGACAUGUCAGACUGUCCAGAGUGGUCUGGGCUUUUAAAUUCAGGUAGAGAACUCACCAUCCCUCACCUGUGACAGGUGUCUUGGACCUAAGGGGGGUUCUUGGUUUUUAGUGGGUCCAGAGACCAGGGAUGCAUAUACCUAGGCUGGUGAUUGAAUGGGAACACCACUUUGAAGAAUCAAAAGUGUUUGGAGGGUUCUGGCAGUUCUAAGCUGGGCUCGGGAGAUUCAGUAGAUUAGUUCUAACUGAAAUUGAGAACUUGCCAUCUGCCUCUAACUAGGCUUUCCAGUGUGUACCUCUCUAAUUCCUAGGUUUGCCUUUGGGCCUCUACAUGCCCAAGCUUGCCUUUCAUCCCUGAUAGAUGAGUCACGUGCUGGCCACCUCCAGCUCCUGCACCGGCUCUAUAAAGCGCAGCUGGUUUUUCCGUGGCCUUGGUCACAAUACCAGGGUACAGAGAGGGCUGGCCGGAGCUUCAGUCAGUUCUCUGUUUCUUAGGCAAAUCAUCCAAGUAUGGGAGGUUCUCUUUCCCUUCAGGAGAGCUCUAAAGAGCCCUGCUUCUAUAUACAGUGGUUUAGAGCUCAUCCUGCCCAUUGUUGGUACAUUCCCCUCACCCCUCACCCUGGAUACUUGGAACUACUAAAAUAAGAGAUUCAGCUUUUCAAUUUUGCUACUGCCUUGCCGCAAGCAGGGAAAUAAACAUGGACUUAAAUGUCCUUUGAACAAAACCAAAGUGUAAGACUUGCCACAUGAUGGAGCAAUAGGGAGGGCCAGACUUACCGGCACUGGCGCUCAGCAGGUGCCAGACCUUCCGUUUCAUCUGCUGCCCGUUUGCCCAGCAGCUCUGGGAGCAUCAUCCUGCCCGAGCAGAGCCCGGGCCUUGCCCUCAUGAAGGAUGAUUGAAAUAGCAGGACCAUGUUGAUUCCUUGGUUAUGUCUCAUUAUAACAGUAAGAAUCAGAACAUUAAUUUGAAACUGUCUUCAACAACUUGCUGUAUGCAUUUUUUUCACACCAGUACAUUCUUAAGCAUCCUUGUUUAUAUAGAAUAACAUAAACUAAUCUGUACCUUUAUAUAUAUAUAUAUGUACAUAUAUACAUGUAUAAACUGUAUAGUGUACAUGUUAAUGAUUUAUUGAUGUGUCCCAAGUCUUUCAUGACAUUCUCAUCCUCCGCAUGCCCUCAGUUUGUGGUCGGGUGACUUGAAUGUUCCCCGAUGAUUCUGCCCACCUCCCAUGUUUGGACGUCUAGGGAAGGAGGGUUUUGGUCGUACCCUCCUUAUCCUCAUGCACAGAAAUGCUCAGGGUCCCCAUGUGCCUGUUGUUCAACCCUUUCUUGUCUCUUGUCCCCUUUCUGAGCAUGUGGUCCCUCCCUGUCCUAUAACUUCUCUGCCCCUUCCCCAAGUUGUGGGACAGCUACCUUCCUACUAAAGUGUAAAGCAGUAUUAACAUCAUUACUGCAUGUGCGCUAAAAACCCAAGUUUUCUGUUCCCUUGGGACAGAAAAUUGCAUGUGGGGUGGGAUAAUCAAGUUUCAGUGACCCAUGUCAGUUACACAACAAAAGCCAGACCCCAUUACAAAAUUCCACAAAACGGAAAUCAAACUCAAAUUUCUUUAGCAUUGUGUAAAUAAAUCUGGAUGUGUUUAACUUUGUACUGGUAAUUUUCUGUAUAUUUGCAAUAUUUGGGUUAGAAAUAAAACAGACUGGACUUUGUUACCUGA